CUGGUUGUGAUGACGUUUUUUUUUGUUUUUAAUUUGCUAAGGUGCUGUGUUUGAUUAUUAUUAAAUACGAUCAUUAAACACGAUCACGACAUCACGUCUUGUUAGUGGAAAGUUAAGUAGAGGGUGAAUCGCGUGCAGUUUCGAAAGCAGGGUUCUAAAGCAUCUACUCAACGUCACCGACGCAGUCAAUCGGAUUGCUCAUCACGAUCUCGUCGCCCUUUUUCGAAGGGAGAUGUCGCGCGCAAUUAGCUAUGUGAUUUUCUUUUCUCUUCCUUUGCCUGUAAAGAUCAGCACAAGACGCGCGUGAUGAGCGAGACCGGAACGUUAAGAUGACAUCAUGUUUUGAAUGCAAAACGCGAUUGUGUUUUUUUUUUGGUGUUGGUUGGCUGAUGCUCUCUAUGUGUGGGCUUAUAACACCCUGUCCCCCCCAAACAGUGUGUGCCGUGUGUGUAUGUGUGUGGUGCGUUUAAAUGACCUCCAGCGGUGCAGUCAUUUCUGGAAUGGCGCCUCAGAUGGGUAACGCGCUGUGCAAAGAGCCUCGGACAGGCUCGUCACCCAGCACCGGGAACGCAUUCAGUAACUUUAGCAGCGUAAUCUGCCCGAACGGACUUGGCAAAGGGAAAACACAGCCGAUGCGCAAGACGUACUUUUCCCGCAGCGCAGUUGAUGCGUCCAAGAAAACUACCACGACUACGGGAUGGCAGAGUGUCGGAUUGUACGUACCGGAUGGUAGUGGUCGUCAGCAAAAAGUUAUCGAUACACCCCCAGUUGCACCUCCGCGCAAAAAGCGUGGAGCCACCCUUGAUGGACGCUAUCGCUCCGAUGAAGCGCUGAAGGUGAAGAACGGAUUUCAGGAUGUUUUCGGACGUGAAAGCCGUCGUCACUCGUGUGACGUUCCAUCCGUUACACGACCCGCCAGUGUGCCACCGCCUCGCCCAGAUGUAGCAGCACUUCCAGCACGCCAAACGUCCUGUUUCGAGAUCGAUGCCAGCAAUGAUGCGUUCAGCGAUUUCUCCAAAGUUCCCACUACGGCUGAGCUGGAAAAAACACCAUCCACCUCACAGAUACCGCGUGUGGGUAAUCGAAAAUCGGACAAAUUCUUUGGUGAACGAUUGGCCGAUUCACUUUCCCCGGAUCAAGAGAUGUCCUCCCGGGAGGAGCAAAAGAAGACGAAAAAGGAUAAAUCAAACCCGAGCCUGGUACGGGAUGAUGUUGAUAAGAUAGAAAAAUUCGUCGAGAGUCAGGACACGGUGUCGGUCGAAGUGCGUCCGAAGAUGGAGAAACAGUUGGAGACACGCGAGUCCAGCGUUUCACCAAGCCCGAAUAAGACGGAAGGGGAAGACUUGAUGAAAUACAUUGAUCGUACGGUUUCGCGGGACAAUCAGAUCGGUCGGCGGGCCGAAUUUCUAAUGGCGAUGUUGGAAGACUACAACGACAGCGUACGAUACGAAGGGAUGCAACCGGUGGAGGAACCACUUAUCGUACCGAAACGCCGUAAAAGCAAACACAUCUGUGACGAUCACGAUCAUAUGCACGAAAAGCUGCAAGCACACGAACGGGACGCUUCGGUGGGAAAUGUAAUACGUACGGAAGCCUCCAUAGAACAUGCGCCACGUAAACCUAGCCGAGAUUUCUCUCGCUACAAACCGAUCGAUGUGGAUCCUUCGUCGGGAGGAUCGGAUGGUGAGCAGAACAGUGCCGUGCGACCGGUACGAACCAAACAAAAAACGAAGCCACGCGAAACGGCAUCCCUCUUACCGCCACCACCAGAACCACCCCGGUUCCAGAAGAGUCUAUCUGAGACACAGUUUACCGCCAACUCGACAUCACUUCAACCGUCAAAAGAUGACGAAGAGCCCAAGGCGCAUACGCCACGCAUGCUCAAACGCAUCAUAUCUAUGCCGACUACCGAAAAUCUUGCCAAAGAGCCGUCACCCCGUCCGGACACUCCGCAGCGUCCGGUGCUGACGAAAAGUUCCAGCUCUGGAUCAUUCUCGGCCGUGGACUUGCAGCGCACCCGUAUCAGUGUCGAACGUUUCACACCGGAGGAUUAUGCACAUCGUUCUUCGGGUGCGGAUGAGCUGGUCAAACCAAAGUCCAAGCUGACAACGCGCAAGAUUUCAUGGAAAUCAAACGAACCCCCUGUAUGUCAGUCUUCAACACCUACCACAGACGGUCCUAGCGGUCCGAGCUUUACGAUCGGUGAUAGGACGGUAGUAACAUCUGACUCUGCUUCACAACUCGCACCCCCAGAGGUACCGACACGCAAGCACUCGGAAGCCUCGACAGACCCAGAAUCAGUUGAACCAGAAAAGGAUGUGCUCAGUAAUUCUGUACCAACCUUAUCGGCGGCCUCAUUCCUGGUAGACGAUGUGGAAGAUAGCAGCUUACGACAGUUCUGUUUGGGGUCGUUCAUCGAAUCCAGCAAAGUACUACCUCACCACGACGUAGUGAAUGUGCUAGAUUGCGUUUAUAGCGCUUCCGACAAUAAGGAAAAUAUCAUCGAACAAUUCCAAACGUUCUUGGAAGAUGCACUCAGCGCAGAGUUGAACGAACCAAACCCUACCAACCCGAACGUGUCCAAGCUGUUGGAGAAGCUGUCCCAGACGAGUUCCGACGGUGACAAGCAGCUGGAAAAUGUCACGAUACAACUAGUCGGCUCAAGUCGCUCCUCGUCCGACAUGGACGAUUGUUUCGAUCCGGAGUUUGAAAAGAUCGAGAAAUCGGAAGUCGUCGGUGAGCUGCCAAAGAUUGAGCAUGGCCUCAAGCACGGAGGUGGACGUCGUCGGGAUAGCAUUGAAUAUAUGAGCGAUUGGUUUGGUACAGAGUCCGACGGUUCUACCACAAUGCUGUCCUCCGUUGGAACUGACGAGGUCACCGCAGGCGAUCGGAUAGCUGUAAAGCCACCGACACACAGUGCGUCGUAUGGAAUGCGCAAGGAAAGCAUCGAAGACGUUGGCAGCUGGUUUUCCAAACACAACAUACUGCGACCAUCGUUUGGGGAAGAAUUUCAGGAACCAAACCGCCGAUUACGUCGCGGUUCUGAUGGUUUUCUUGGAUACGAUCUUCAGCGCCAGUAUCCGUUUGGACAGGGUCGCGAACGAUCCGACUCACAGUCGGCGGAAAUGUUUGAAGACAUCACGAAACUGCACGAGCAACGAACCGACCAGCAGGAGGAACGUUCCAUUCCGCAGCAUCCACAGCGCAAGAAGGUGCUGGAGCACCGGAACAGUUCCGAUGCACUGCUGAUGAAAGUACUAACGCGGACGAAUCGCCCAACACAGCACCACAACACUGAGGAGGAUAGGCAACAAGAAAAAACAGAACCGAUCGGGAAUGUGCAUGAAAGUAAGCCUUUGUUGAAGGUAGAUCCGGCAAAAGAUGCUUCCAAAACUACGGAAGACGCAACUACCAUAUCACGACCGGUAAACAAUGAGCACGGGCAUAGUGAACAUUCCACGUUGCUGAAGUUCCUUUCCCAGGAGAAACUCAUCGAGUGAACUGUCGAAUGAUGGAUAGUUCUUGGGGCGUAAAAAAAAAACAGUUCUACAUUAGUCAGUAUUAUAAUUGUUACCGCACCGAAAACGGUCGCUUUAGCAUGCGUAACGUUCGUGUUCGCUUUACGCACCUGCAGAUAUGCUUUAACAUCUUCUUGCCUUGUUUUAGUGAUAGAAUAAAUGAUGUUGAAACGAA